GACGUCACCGCCGAUAUCUCGAAGCCGAGGAAGGUAACUCAACUUCUCUCAAUUCACAGAGCUCACUACAGAACACGCAUCUCUCUUCAAGUCUUUCAUUGAACAACAACCCAGAAAACUCAGCCAGGACUUAGUGUCCGCUUAAUGGAUACACCAUGACAAACCCAGCACUGCGCCGGGAGGUCAUCAAUAUCUACAAAGAACUCCUCAACCUCGGCCGGGCGUAUCCUCUCGGGUACGAUUAUUUCAGAAAUCGAUUGCAUAAAGCGUUCUCGAGUCAGGCGCAUUUGAACGAUGAGGAGCAGAUUAAGAAGGGUAUUGCGAGGGCGGAAUUUGUCAAGAAAGAAAUAGAGGCAUUAUAUUACCUGAGACGGUAUCGUGCAAUGAAACAGCGCUAUGAAAACAAUUAAAGCCCAUAAUCCCGCUGGGCUGAUAUUAAGUUUCCAAAAGAAAUAUUCAGGACAUAAACUCCGUACAUAAAAAACAAAAGAAACGUAGACUCGGGGUAUCACCAAUAUGAUGUGAGCAAAUGGCCACGACUUUUCCGACCACCAGAACACCAGUCACUUUUUU